CCUGACUGACACUUGCCCCCGCCCCACCCUCAGGAACGUCGAGCCCCGGGCCCUCAACCCCACCCCCUUGUCGCUUCCCUAUUGGGCAACGCCUGCGCAGCCCUCCUCUGACUGGCCUUACGUCCUCAGCGAAGCCCCACCUACCCCGCGGCUAGCGAUUGGUCCGAAGAGCCAGGAGUCCCCGUCGGGCGUAGCGGCAUCCCUCUUUGCCCGCCUCCGAACGUUAGGUUUUCCAUUUUGAUUCAUCUAGAUGUUGGUCAAUCUAGAGAGUCCUUAUAUUAUUGGACAAAAUAUGAAUCAAUCAUUCAUCUAGGGGGCGGAGAGGAGGUGAAGCUAGGAAAAUCCCCGCCCAUAGAGAGUGCUGAUUGGAGAGACGUUUGUUUUGUCUGCGCUUGGUUGGUGUGAGGAAUAUUUCCCCGCCUAGAAAUUGGGUCAAGUGACCCGUCAACUUUCACCCAGGAUGUCUACCUUUUGACUUCCCAUAGCAACCGAGUGGCUGCGCUUGGUUCCCAUAGCAACCGGGCGGUGAGUCUGCUGAGUGGAGACAGCCCCAUAGUCGGUACCUGGAAAGGAGGUGGACAGGACGAUGAACCGGCUGUGCCAGUCGAUGGAGCCGAGAGUGAUGGAUGACGACCUGCUCAAGCUGGCUGUGGCAGAGCAGGGCCCCCGCGAGGAGGCCGGGCAGCUGGCCAAGCAGGAGGGCAUCCUCUUCAAGGAUGUCCUGUCCCUGCAGCUGGACUUCCAGAACAUCCUCCGGAUAGACAACCUCUGGCAGUUUGAGAACCUGAGGAAGCUGCAGCUGGACAACAACAUCAUUGAGAGGAUCGAGGGCCUGGAGAACCUCACCCAUCUGGUCUGGCUGGAUCUGUCCUUCAACAACAUCGAGACCAUUGAGGGGCUGGACACACUGGUGAACCUGGAGGACCUGAGCUUGUUCAACAAUCGCAUCUCUAAGAUCGACUCCCUGGAUGCACUGGUCAAGCUGCAGGUGCUGUCCCUGGGCAACAACCAGAUCUUCAACAUGAUGAAUGUCAUCUACCUGCGGCGAUUCAAGGACCUGCGGACACUCAGUCUCUCUGGGAACCCCAUCUCCGAGGCGGAGGAUUACAAGAUGUUCGUCUGUGCCUACCUUCCUGACCUCGUGUACCUGGACUUCCGGCGUAUUGACGACCUCACGGCAAAGCUGGCAGAGAUCAAGCACCAGUACACCAUCGACGAGCUGAAGCACCGAGAGGAGCUGACACAGGCCCAGUGGGAGGAGGCGCAGGCCCAGAAGGAGGAGCUGGAGGCACACAAGGCUGCGUUCAUCGAGCACCUGAACGGCUCCUUCCUGUUUGACAGCAUGUACGCUGAGGACGUGGAGGGCAACAAGCUGUCCUUUCUGCCCGGUGUAGGCGAGCUCCUCGAGGCCUACAAGGACAAAUUCGUCAUCAUCUGCCUGAACAUUUUUGAGUACGGCCUGAAACAGCAGGAGAAGCGGAAAAUGGAGAUUGACACCUUCAACGAAUGCAUCCAAGAGGCCAUCCAGGAGAACCAGGAGCAGGGCAAGCGGAAGAUCGCCGAGUUCGAGGAGAAGCACCUGCUGAACUUGAGUGCUAUUCGAGACGAGUCUGAGAUGCCUGUCAUUGAGAUGAAGAUAGUGGAGUGUGGUGAGGACAUCACUCAGCUGUUCAACGUGCUCAUGACCCUGGAGAUGCAGCUGGUGGAACAGCUGGAGGAGACGAUAAACAUUUUUGAAAGGAACAUCGUCGACUUGGUGGGACUCUUUAUCGAAAACGUCCAAAGCCUCAUGGCUCAGUGCCGGGACUUAGAGAGCCACCACCAUGAGAAGCUCCUGGAGAUAUCCAUCAACACCCUUGAGAAGAUCGUCAAGGGGGAGCUCGAUGAAGACCUGCCUGACGAUGUCCGUGCGCUUUUUGUCGACAAAGACACAAUUGUGAACGCUGUUGGGGCAUCACAUGACAUCCACCUCCUGAAGAUCGACAACCGGGAGGAUGAGCUGGUCACGAGAGUCAACUCCUGGUGCACGCAGUUGGUGGACAAGAUUCACACGGAUGAAAUUAUGAGGAACCGCAAGCGCGUGAAGGAGAUCAAUCAGUACGUCGACCACAUGCAGAAUGAGCUGGACAACCUGGAGUUCGGUGAUAUUCUCGAUUAGAAGUGCGUUGGCCCUCACACGCCCUCUGGAGGAGGGUGUGCUGACCACCUCCGCAGAGAGGAUUGCUGGAACUCCUCAGCUGCUGCUACUAGCACCAUCCCUCUCUCCCCACCCCUGACACGAUUUGAUUUCCA